AUGCACGGCAGGUGUUCUCUUUCCAGCUCCUUUGUUAGCCAAUAUUGCAGUAUUGUAAAUACGGGAUCCCACCUCGCUUCUCUCAAUGACGCAGAGCCUCAGCGCCUUCACGACGUCAACAAAGACUUGUGGCAACGUACAUUUCUAUCAGUUAUGGGAAGCGAACAUGAUAAAUCAUCUACUCUCAAUAUAACUUUUGGCCUGCAUGGCAAUUCCUUGCCUAUACUUAACCCGGGAUCUCUGCCCCAGCCCCAGCAUGCCCAUGCAUUCCCCAGCCCUAACACCCCAAACCACUAUAACUCUGCAUCACCACAACCCGCAAUUACAGGCCCUGAGCUUAAAUCCGAGCCCAAUCAGGACGCCACACCAACCCAAGUUCAAAGUCCUCGGCGAUGCGGUAGCAGGCCUUUCUCAUGUCCUGAUUGUCGCACUUAUGCCACCAACCGUAGAUACAACUUGAAGCGACACCGAGAGACGCGGCACCGAAAAAUGCGACACAGCCAUUAA